AAAAUACAUUCGGAACUAAUUUAACCUGAACAUAUGUAAAAUAUUUUCCCGCUUCCAAAAAUCUGAGAGAGUAGCGAGCAACAUAUCCAAAACAAAUGAACUGCGCAUGUCUGAUGAGAGUAAGGAUAUUUAAAGGAUAAUUUUCUCGAUUUUACAAUGAUUUGCAAGAAAAAUCAUAGCUUGAAUACUUUAUCAUAAAAAAAAUUAAAUAUUUAAUCGAUAAAUGGACACUAGAAAGGAAUUAAUAAGCUUAAUAAUAGUUUGUCAAUAGACGAAUCAUUGAGUGUACAUCAAGUUGAUUGAAUUUGUAUCUUACUAGUCAUGGAAGUUGAUACAGUAGAUGAAAAGAUUGAAGAAGUCUCCUUAGAUUUAAUUCAGUCAAUAAAAACAAAGACCUUCAAUGAAGCUCUUGAAGAAUUAUUUCAGCUUGAGAAAAAGUAUCGAACAGUUGGUGAUGCAAUAUCCAUUGGACGGAUUCUUGUUGCAAUUGUCGAAAUUCAUUUUGAGUCAUCAAAAUAUCAAGAACUUAAUGAAAUAAUUAUAACAUUUGCACUUAAAAAGCAUCUCCAAUCGGAACAAGCUAUUGGGACAAUGAUUAGAAAAUGCUGUGAGUUUGUUGAUGCAAUCGAAAAUAAUUCAAUUAAAAUGAAAUUAUUGGAAACACUUAAGCACGUAACGGAUGGAAAAUUGUAUGCGGAAAUAGAAAGAGCAAAAAUAUGUAAGGAAUUUGCGGUGAUGAAAAGAAAUAAUGAAAGUGAUGUAGAAGGUGCUAUUAAGAUUCUUGAAGAUCUAAGACUUGACACAUUAACAUCAUUAGAACGGAAGGAGAGAAUUGAAAUUAUUUUACAGUUGAUGGAACUUCUGAUAGAAUCAAAAGAGUUUGUUAAAUGCCUUAUUGUAGCUAAGAAAAUUAACAAGCAAAUUUUAGACACAACACUUGAAUAUCAAGCUUUAAAAAUUCGAUUCUAUAGACUCAUGAUAACUAUUGACAAAUAUGAAAAUUACCUGAACACAUCGAGACAUUAUCAAUUUAUUAUCAACACGAAAGUGAUGCAAUCGGAAGAACAGAAAGAAGAGAGGAAGAAACUCUUGUCAUACUCGAUUGCUUAUUGUAUUUUAGCACCAUUUGAUCACGAGAAACUUACUAUGAUGCAUGAAUUGUCAAAACAUAAAUUCAUAUCUGAAGUUCCAUCGUUUCGUGAACUUUUAAAAGAAUACACGACAAUUGAGCUGAUCAACUGGUACACAAUGAAGGCACAAUUUAAAGAUGACUUUCUUGCACUAGAAAUAUUCGAUGUCAACACACAGGAAGGUUUAAAAUGUUGGAAAGACCUUCGUACAUCUACAAUUGAGCAUAAUAUCAAAGUUUUUGCGACAUACUAUCAACGAGCAUAUUUGUCGCAUAUCAGUGACUUUCUAGAUAUAAAUGUCGAUGAAACUGAGAAGCAUCUAUGCAACCUAAUUGUUAACAAAUCAAUAAAAGCAAAAAUUGAUAGACUUACUGGAAUUAUAACAUUUAAGAACAAUCAUAUUACAUCAGAAAAACCCACAAAUUGUCAGCAAGAGAAUGUAUUACAAGAUUGGCUCCAUCAACUCUCAACGCUCAUGAAACUCAUAGAUAAUACAUCUCAUUUAAUAAAUAAGGAGGAAUCUGAGCUUUAAGAUUAAUAGUCUUUAUGUGCAUUGUGUUAUUUUUCAAUACCCAAACUCGACCAAAUUUCGGAUGUAGCUACAAAAAAUGUACUCAAAAAUACGUAUUUUUAGAUGUGACAAAUAUUUUGUGGGAAUCUUUAAAAGAUCUUGUGCUGUGCUUAAAUCAAAAAAUUAAUGUGGAUUUGCUUUGUGAUAAAAAUUGUGUUAUUUUUGCUUUUGCUUAAAGUGUGUAGUGUUGGAACUGAAUGGAAUCUAGGGUCUUAAGCCGUAUAUAGGAGAAACACUUUAGCACUGAUAAUACCAUAAAAAAAAUUGUAAACCACCAAUAUCAUGUAGUUCUCUGCCUACUUUUGUUUAUUUUCUGUUGUUAAAUUGACUAGAAUUUACACAAUGCCUAACAUUGAGAUAAUUUUGCACAUCAAUUUAUUUUUCAUAUACAUAUAAAGUGAGUGGACACACAAUUAGAAAUUUUUAUAUUUUCCAAAUUUCUCCCUUAUUUUUUCAUAAAACCUAUUAAAGUUAUAUAUUUUUCAAAAGCUU